AUGUCAUCCUUCCAACCAGCCUCGUCGCUUCCACGCGAUUCCCCUCCCACAACCACUUCCAACUCAACCGCCGCCGUCGUCCAACCUCGCCCCCGCCCCUUGAUCCGCGGAGCAGCCGGUACGGGCUCCACCAUCCUCGUCAACAACUGCCAGCGCGGCAACCCCCUCCUCACACACAUCCGCAACAUCGGCUGGGAGUACGCCGACAUCAUCCCGGACUAUCAAGUCGCUCUCUCCGCCUGCAUCAUCUUCCUCUCCAUCCGCUACCACCGCCUACAUCCGGAGUAUGUCCAUACUCGAAUCGCCAAACUGGGGAACAUGUUUACACUGCGAGUGCUGCUCGUACAGUGUGAUGUGAACGAUCAUCAGGCGGCGAUUAAGGAAUUGACGAAGAUGGCGAUAGUGAACAAUUUGACGAUGAUCGUAGCGUGGUCGGCGGAAGAAGCGGGGAGAUAUGUGGAGACGUACAAGAGUUUCGAGUUCAAGCCACCUGAUUUGAUCAAAGAGAGGGUGGGGGAGGAUUUCCUAAGUCAGGUUACGAAUGUUUUGACCCAGGUAAGGGGUGUGAAUAGGACGGAUGUCGUGACGUUGUUGAGUAGGUUCGGAAGUGUUAAGGGGGUGGUAAGGGCGGAAGAGGGGGAGGUAGGGAUGUGUCCUGGGUUUGGAGAGGUUAAGGCGAAAAGGUUGAGGGAGAGCGUUAGUAUGCCGUUUAGGGUGGGAGAGGGGAGGAGUUGGAAGCAGAGAAAGACGGUGACUGGAAGGACGGGUGAAGGUGCUCAAGAUACGAGGUCAGCAGAGACCGCGUCUGCAUCCGGUGAGGUGGCUGCCCCACAACGUGCACUGGAUGUACUGGAACAACACCAGACUCGAGAGGAGGAGCAGCAGGACGAGGAAGACGAACAAUUGAGGUUGGCUGUGCAGCUUUCCAUGGCUCAACAAGUCGAAGAAUGA